AUGGCAUUUCUCCAUCAGCUGAGACUCCUUCUCUGGAAGAAUGGACUGGCAGUCAUCAGACAGCCGUUAUGGUCCCUGACUCUGAUCACUUGGCCUCUGGUCAUCUUCAUCAUUAUCGCUGUUACCCGACACCAGUUCCCCCCAAUCGUAAGGCAAACAUGUUUUGUGGGACCCCGAAACCUUCCCAGCACAGGCUUCUUCCCCUUCCUGGAGACUCUCAUGUGCAACACGGACAGCAACUGUCACAACACAUCACGUCUUGUCGACCCAGCUGCAUCAAAGUCAAGUCAGAAAUCCAGACGGAGUAAAAGUUUCCCACCAGCACACCUGAUGAACAGGGGAGAAUUAUUCAACUUUGAUUCCACUUUUGAUCCAAAAAGUGCUACUGCUGCUGUGGUUGAGGUCUUGAGCAACAUUGUGGGUUCGUCUCGCAAAGGAAGAGAGAAUAAAGCCACUUUCAUGAACAUCAAUGAGACUCUUCUGGACCAUAAUGAGACCUUACACACAAUGCUGGAGUCAGCAAACAUGCUGAAGAGAGCCAUCUGCGCCGUGACGCUCCCCAUGAUAAACAACGAGGCAUCAAGCCCCCUUUCUUUUGCCAUUGUCACUUUCUGCAAGUCCAAUGAAACUGUGUUUGAAGUGUCACUCAACACACUCAACCAGAUACUGAUGGAUCUGAUGCUGAGUAAACCAGAUGAGAUGGCGACAUUUGCUGGGAUGGCCGUUGUGCUCUUUGAUCAACUACAGAAUCAGACAUCGCUGUGGGAAAGCCUUUUAGAUCUUCCUCAGCUCUUCUCAUCUGGUUCUAUUGACCAAGUACUACACAGCACAGAGACCCUACUCGCCAACUUACAGGGUGCCAUGCACGCCAUCCAGAGCAAAUAUCCAGAAGCAGAUGCCCCACUUUCUGUUGUGAAGCUGAUGCUCGUAGUUGGCCUCAAAACCAUCCACUAUGCUCUAGAUUGGCCGGGAAAAGAGGUGUCCAUUCAUCUGGGAGAGAUUGUCAAGUUGCAGAAUGACUCGUUAAGUGAAACGGUGAAACAAAUUCUACAGGAGGUUGAAAUACCACUGGACAAGGCCAUUGCCCUCACCAUGGACAGUGACAUGUUGCAUGAGCAUGUGUGCAACAACAGCGCUAACUCAUUGUGGCUAAAAGCAGCGUGCAGUACUGGCACCGUGCAUAUGCUUCUUGGCUGGAUCGAUUCUGACAAGGCAGCAAAGCAGGUUCUCCUGGCAUGGAGUAAGCAUGUUGCUCCGCAUGACAUUCACUUUGCCAAAUGGCUGCUGCACUCACUGAUGGAAGGAUCUAUCCAAGGAGAACCGGACAGCUUCCAAACUCCAAGGACCCGGCGUAGCAUAGAAGCACAGCCACAAAACAUUGAGGAAGAGCUGUUUUUGGAAGUUGGUGAAGUGAUACUGGAAAUCAUACAAUUGGUGCCUGAGGUGGACAUGCUGGUCCAUAGCAUGCUUAGAUCUGGCUUCCAGUCCAUGAAAAUAGCAACACUGACCCUUGAAAUUGUUGACGAAAUAAUGGCCAGUUUCCUGAAAGAUGUGGAUCAACUCCAACAAACGUAUCUAACAUUGCUGACAAACCAGUCCGAGGCAAGCCUGUGGUUAGGUCAUGUCGUGGACAGUGUAAAGCAGGGGGUGAUGAUGAUUACGGCAUCUGAGCCUCCAACAUGUGAGGAUGUGUUUGGUACCUUCGAGUGGCUCUUCAACACGGAAUCUGUAACAGUCGAGGUGUGGAGGUCAAUGAUCUGCGAGAGCGGCUCCAACCUAGAACAGGUUCUACUGUUGGGCCUGAUGCCACUUGUUGAAUCAGCACAAGACUUUAACAGCACCCUCAUGGGCAACACAGACUACAAUGUAACACUUCCCAUGGUUCUCUCUCAGUGGCAAAAGUUGAACAACAACAGCAUGCAAUUUGGAAUGUUUGUGGACAGGUUCACAGAGGAGCUGGGUGGAGCAUACUGGGUGAACUGGAUGCCUGACAACAGCACUCACAAUGUGACUUGGAGUCUUCAACAAAGUGUUUUUUUGGUUCUGGUGAAUGUGGGAGGACAUAUUGAAAAGAGUCAACUAUGGCACCAGGCAAAGGACUAUUUCUACAUGGUUAACUGGGUCUUGAACUACAGGCCAGAUCACCAGGUCACUACUCAGCCCCCAAACUGUUCUGUGGACAUCUCCAGCUCCACCAUUAAUUGUAACACUGAAACUGGUUUUAACUGGCCGCAGUUUGUUACAUCAAUGACUCAGACACUGAUGUCACCAAACCAAGACAUCCUGGUGAACUUUGUCAAGAAGAUCACAGUUCUUCCUGAUGAAAACAUUGCUGACUCAGACAUCAUGGAUCCCCUUGUCAGUAACUUGUUACAGUCCACUGGUCUGACCCAUCUGCUGCCUCUGCUCUACAACGAUGGUCCCAUCAAUGUCUCUACAGUGCUCGGUGUUGCAACCAAACUUAUUAGACAAAACCAGAACAUUUUUACCUUCAAUGAGACAGAUCCAACAAUGCAUCAACUGGAGCGAUUGAUAAUGCAGUUUCUCUCCAUUGAGGGUAACCUCACCAUGUCCCUCUCCAACCUCAUGGGACACAAAGUGGUAACCUAUGCAGGCUACUUCCACCCUGAUGAUGUAGCACAUUUCAUCAAAGCCAUCCGACCUUUCAUCAACCAGACCUCACCAGGCAUUGUAGAGACCAUCCUCAGAGCCAUGGAGCUUCUGAAGACACUGACAGAAUCUCCAAACGGUGACCCAACAAACAUUAUUCUUGGGUACAUACGCCAGCUUCAAGAUUUCAUCAUGUCUCUGUUUAGAUUGGGAAGAGUCCAACAUUCUCUGUUACCAAAUGGGGAGCUGAGUGCAGCACAAGUCACUGACCUUUACCUCAUUUCCAAGGACUUUCUCAAACUCCUCACCCCAGAGGGCCUUCAGGGCCUGAUUGAUGCAGGACCAGAUGCUGCGCAGGACAAUAUUGCACAGAAACUUAUUGCAUUUCUACCAGCUGAGGUCCAUCAGGAUGCUGCUCUCUUUUUCCAGGAUUUCAAAGCUCUUCAGCGUCAUUUAGCCAAAUGUGCAGCAGGUCAUGACUGUUUGAAUGGAAUCUCAGAAAUCUUCAAGUUCCUCAAUCAGAUACUAGACAUGGUGCUUUUGGCCAAUGGUGAUGUCAACAUCCAAAUAGCCUUGCCUAACCUUUUCCCGAUGGAUCAGGAAUAUGAGGAAAUCGUGUCCAUAAUGUUCCCACUCCUUCUGUCCUCAAAUGAUGCUGCCUAUGUAAAAACAUUCAAACAGGCUCUUCACUUUAUCAAACUGGUCAUGGCUACACCAAAUAUUACCAUCUCUGAUGUCCAGAAUGCCCUGCAGCAGUCAAACCUUACUCUUGAGGAGUUGAACAAUAUGGUUUCACUAUUUGGAGCUGCCAACAUCAAUGACCUAAUGUCAAAAGUAUUGGAUGUUAUCAAUUCUCAGAAGUGUUUUGAACCCCAGGAAAACCAGAUGGUCACAGCCCAAUGUGUUAUGGGAUUUGUUAACAGUGUCAGUGGUUUCCUAACACACCUGCCUGUUCUCCAAAAUGAGACUGCCUUCCUCUCCCUGAUCCCAUUAAUUGUCAAUAAUACCAUCAGGGAUGUCAUCCAUUUUGACUUUAGCUCCGAUCCUAACAAAGCUGUCCUACACACCCUAAACACAACACUGGCCAACAUCAAGAUGGGCCUCCAGCUAAACCACUUGAACACUCCAGAGAUCAUGAAAGAAAUCACAGUACUGGAAGAUCUGAUAAAACUUGCCGCUAACCAAGAACCAUUCACCAACAUUUUUAACAGCACAUUGACUGAUAACCCAAUGUAUGCUCAGAAAGUCUAUCUGGAAAUUGUGGAUUGGUACUUGCAAAGGUUGGAAAAUAUCACCAGGCACAGCUCACUGUCAGAACUUCUCCAUCCAAUCUUCUACCUCACACAAAUGCAAGUGACCCUGCAGCUGGCACAGACAGACUUUACUCUGUUUGUGAGCAACCAGAUUGAGCAUCUAAUGAACAUCAUCCAGCACCCAAUAGAUGGUGCAGGAGUGACAAAAAUUUGCCAAACAGCAUUCGAGAUGUUCCAUAGUCUUUUCAAUCUCAUAAAGGGCAACCUAGAGUUUCAGAAUAACCUCCCAGGUAUGGAGCCAUUUUUCAACACAACUGUUCUGCAUGCGGCUGAGCUUCAAAUUAAGCAAUACCUUGACAUCAUACAAAAAUGGAUGAAUCAACCAGAUGUCCCAUUGAUCCUCACUAGCAUGCUCCAAUGGGGAAACCCCAAUAUAACAGCCUCCAUCCCUUUGACCGACCUCCACCACCUGCUGCAGACAAUGGCAAAUUUUUUAAACACUGAACAAUUGGGCUACCAUUCCAUCAUCAGCAAUAUCACCGAGUCCUUGAAAAAUGCCCUACUGGUGGCAGAGCAACCAGGUGGCAUUCAAAGUGACUACUUCAUAGCAGCCAUCUUGGAAGCAGUCCAAAGUUCUAUGCAGAUCCUGAGCGCAACCACCAAUGGCCCACUCCCACAUAUUGAGCAGAACAUCCUGGAAAUUGUGAAUAACUCACUUAAGCUCAUUGUCCAACCAGACAUGAAUUUUGAUUCCUCACGUUUAGUCUCCAUCCAAAUCCUCAAGAACGUUGAGAAUGUCAUCGAAACAAUAUUACCAGAAAUAUCAGAAUACCUACUACCUGCAAUCAAAGUAGCAACCACAUAUUUUGAGAGCAGCCUCAUGGCCAGUGGACCAGACGGCUGGAAUCACAUAAUUUUGAACGAGCUGAUUACAGUCCAGAGCCUCCUGCCGCCAAACAGCACUGCCCAGGCUUACGUUUCAACCCUCAUCAACAUCACUCACUUCUUCCUGGAGUCUGGCCAAGGCAACAUGAGUCUCUGGGCAAUGUUUGAGAAUGCAUCAGCAGAAAAUGUGCCCAUGAUUAUUGGAAAGAUGGGGAAAUUCCUGGGCAUGCUUUGGUCAAUCAUUAUGGGAGGUCCAGCCUCACAUGUAACUGUUUCAUCUCUUCAGGGCUUUGCUCAGCUAGCCCCAAUACUGGAGCAGGUGAUAACUGGAACGGCGGACCAAGUCAUGUGGGAUAAACUUGAAAACACUGAACAAUUGGGCUACCUUUCGUUCAUCAGUAAUAUCACCGAGUCCCUGAAAAAUGCCCUACUGGUGGCAGAGCGACCAGGUGGCAUUCAAAGUGACUACUUCAUAGCAGCCAUCUUGGAAGCAGUCCAAAGUUCUAUGCAGAUCCUGAGCGCAACCACCAAUGGCCCACUCCCACACAUUGAGCAGAACAUCCUGGAAAUUGUGAAUAACUCACUUAAGCUCAUUGUCCAACCAGACAUGAAUUUUGAUUCCUCACGUUUAGUCUUCAUCCAAAUCCUCAAGAACGUUGAGAAUGUCAUCGAAACGAUAUUACCAGAAAUAUCAGAAUACCUACUACCUGCAAUCAAAGUAGCAACCACAUAUUUUGAGAGCAGCCUCAUGGCCAGUGGACCAGACGGCUGGAAUCACAUAAUUUUGAACGAGCUGAUUAAAAUCCAGAGCCUCCUGCCGCCAAACAGCACUGCCCAGGCUUACGUUUCAACCCUCAUCAACAUCACUCACUUCUUCCUAGAGUCUGGCCAAGGCAACAUGAGUCUCUGGGCAAUGUUUGAGAAUGCAUCAGCAGAAAAUGUGCCCAUGAUUAUUGGAAAGAUGGGGAAAUUCCUGGGCAUGCUUUGGUCAAUCAUCACGGGAGGUCCAGCCACUGAACAAUUGGGCUACCUUUCCAUCAUCAGCAAUAUCACUGAGUCCCUGAAAAAUGCCCUACUGGUGGCAGAGCAACCAGGUGGCAUUCAAAGUGACUACUUCAUAGCAGCCAUCUUGGAAGCAGUCCAAAGUUCUAUGCAGAUCCUGAGCGCAACCACCAAUGGCCCACUCCCACACAUUGAGCAGAACAUCCUGGAAAUUGUGAAUAACUCACUUAAGCUCAUUGUCCAACCAGACAUGAAUUUUAAUUCCUCACGUUUAGUCUCCAUCCAAAUCCUCAAGAACGUUGAGAAUGUCAUCGAAACGAUAUUACCAGAAAUAUCAGAAUACCUACUACCUGCAAUCAAAGUAGCAACCACAUAUUUUGAGAGCAGCCUCAUGGCCAGUGGACCAGACGGCUGGAAUCACAUAAUUUUGAACGAGCUGAUUACAGUCCAGAGCCUCCUGCCGCCAAACAGCACUGCCCAGGCUUACGUUUCAACCCUCAUCAACAUCACUCACUUCUUCCUAGAGUUUGGCCAAGGCAACAUGAGUCUCUGGGCAAUGUUUGAGAAUGCAUCAGCAGAAAAUGUGCCCAUGAUUAUUGGAAAGAUGGGGAAAUUCCUGGGCAUGCUUUGGUCAAUCAUCAUGGGAGGUCCAGCCACUGAACAAUUGGGCUACCUUUCCAUCAUCAGCAAUAUCACUGAGUCCCUGAAAAAUGCCCUACUGGUGGCAGAGCGACCAGGUGGCAUUCAAAGUGACUACUUCAUAGCAGCCAUCUUGGAAGCAGUCCAAAGUUCUAUGCAGAUCCUGAGCGCAACCACCAAUGGCCCACUCCCACACAUUGAGCAGAACAUCCUGGAAAUUGUGAAUAACUCACUUAAGCUCAUUGUCCAACCAGACAUGAAUUUUAAUUCCUCACGUUUAGUCUCCAUCCAAAUCCUCAAGAACGUUGAGAAUGUCAUCGAAACGAUAUUACCAGAAAUAUCAGAAUACCUACUACCUGCAAUCAAAGUAGCAACCACAUAUUUUGAGAGCAGCCUCAUGGCCAGUGGACCAGACGGCUGGAAUCACAUAAUUUUGAACGAGCUGAUUACAGUCCAGAGCCUCCUGCCGCCAAACAGCACUGCCCAGGCUUACGUUUCAACCCUCAUCAACAUCACUCACUUCUUCCUACAGUCUGGCCAAGGCAACAUGAGUCUCUGGGCAAUGUUUGAGAAUGCAUCAGCAGAAAAUGUGCCCAUGAUUAUUGGAAAGAUGGGGAAAUUCCUGGGCAUGCUUUGGUCAAUCAUCAUGGGAGGUCCAGCCUCACAUGUAACUGUUUCAUCUCUUGAGGGCUUUGCUCAGCUAGCCCCAAUACUGGAGCAGGUGAUAACUGGAACGGCGGACCAAGUCACGUGGGACAAACUUGAAAACAUAUUAGAAGCCCUACUGUCACUCCUUGAAGGAACAGAGCUGUGGGAGAGUGUCUCAUCUGUUGUCCCCCUCUUUGAGAAAAUCGUAGGAAGUUUGGUGAACAACUUGCAUGCAGAAAAUGUGAUGAUACUUAGCCUUCAGAAGCCCAUGGUGACUCUGAUGAAAGAAAUUGCACAAUCUGUGAACAGCAGUCACUUUAACCUAACUGAAGUCACAGAAAGAAUGCAGGUUGCCAUUGAACACACGGUGCAGGCGGCUCAGCAGGCUAAUAACACAUUGGAGUGCAGUGAUGUUCUCAAAGCAUGGGAUCCUGUAAGAGAGGCAGCGGGCCACGCAAAAAUGGCUGUGUGGUGUAACCUCAACCUGCGGCCUGUUCUAGAAGCCUACAUGGAAGCCCAAGUUGUCUACAGCAACCUGAAUAUGAGUCACAUGAAUAUGGGACCAAUGACAGUGGAUACCACAGCUGAAAGGAUUGCCGAGACUUUACAAUCGGUCUACCAAGUCAGCUUGAACCGCACACAUGUGGCACAGACACUUAUCAUGACUUUCUCAAACCACCUCUCCAUGCUGACAGGACAGCCUCUGAGCCCUGAGGCGCAGCUUCACUGGCAAAAGCAGCUCCAGGAUUUGCAGCUGCUAAACAGUUUGUCUUCGCUCAAGAUGCUCACAGACCAGCUCCUAAUGGUGGCCCCAUCCCUUCAGCCUUUCAUCGAAGCUUUAGAGAAAGCACUACAUCACAUCCUGGACAACUACCAUCAAAUUCAAGACAGCAGUUCAUCUGAGGACAUCUUCAAAGAAGCAGUCAUGAUAUUCCUAAAUAAUUCAAACAUUACAUCAGAGGACAUCUCCUCCAUGAUGCUGGGAAACUUUUCUGAGAUCGAUGUAGCCUCUCUAACUGACAUGAUGAGGCAAGCUGUCAAAUUUCUGAUGGAGAUGUUUGAGGAUGUGCCUGUGGUUUACCAAGGCUUGGAGCAUUUUCUGGCUUCUAAUGACACCGACUUGCUGGUGCAGAAGGUGGCUGAGAUGGUUGCAUGGUUGGCCUCCACUGAGGAGUAUGGAUUGGAUAUGCUGACUGAGGCUCUGGCUGAAAUCUUCCACAUCCUAAGGCCUCUCUUGUCUUCUCUUACCAACAUGAGUAUGGACAUGCCAGCACACAUGGGGCUGUUUGAAGACCUCGCUGAUAACAUUGUAGCAAUGGUGAGGCAGAUAGUGACGACUGGUGGUCUUCUGGGCCCGAAGAACUUCCAUCAUGGCAAGUUUCAGCAGGACAUGACAGGUCUUAACCAUACGAAUGGGGUCAGACGCAAACGGGACGCCCAAUGGAUGCCAGUGAGGAGUCCCAUGGAUGACUUCAUUGACCUUUUCUACAUUGACUACCAUGCCAUGUUCAAAGCCCUCUCUGUCCCCCCGACCACAGAAGACAUACUGGAAACAGUCCACGUUUUCUUUGCAAAUCCUGAUGUAGGUGUUGUGAUAAAGGGAGUUACAAGCGACAUGUCCUGGAACUUGAAUGUUUCUCAGGAAAACACCAUAGACGCUACUAUGGGGAUGCUUUCCUUUUUCACUCUCCCUGGCAUGUUUGAGACGUCAUCAAUGGAACUCCUGCAGAACUCUGCUGAUAUGAUUCCCGAUCACUUUCCGUUCGCCACAAUGCUUCAGAAAAUCAGCAAAGCGCUUGCCAGUGAAUCUCCAGAGAACCUGCUCCUCAUGGAAAAUACCUUCAAAAUCGCUUCUGAGCUCCUCCAGAUCGACCUGACAGACUCCAGAUUCAUAGAGAAACUAGACAACUUGACUGCCCAGGUGUGCUCUGUGGAGAAAACAGAAACUGUGCGCAUGCUGAUGUCGACCUUAGCCAUAGAGCCUGGUCAGCUGUGCUACACCUUGAUGCCCGUCCUGCAGAUCGUGGCGAAGAGCCUCAUGAUGAACUCGACCUCUCUGUCUGAAGCACUAUUUGAGGCCGUUAUCGGAGAUCCAAGCGCCUAUGAUGUCAAUUUCAACUGGACCUCUGUACUGAGUGAGGGUUUGAACUUUAACACCAGCAGCCUGAACUCCCUCAACAUUAACAUCAAACCUCUAGAGGCAACGGUCGGCGAGAUGAUGAGGAAUGAAGCAGCCUUUGUCGAGGACGUUCAGCAAUACAUGGAUUUUGACCCUGCUGCUCUCCAGCUCCUAAUGAACACAACUCUACCAAACAGUUACUUAAUGAUCCUCUCCUGGUUGAUCAAUCUGCGUCACUGCAACUCCAAGUCAUUCGCAACACUGGACGAGGCAGACGUGAAAUUAAUAGAGAUGUUCUGCUCCAUGCCUGUUGAUCAGUGGUACAGCUUCUCACUGCUGAUUGCCCGCCAUGUUAACAUGGAGAAACUCAUCUACAGAAUGGUGUUGUCUGACGAAAUGCAAGGUCUGGUGGGAGUUAUGCUUCAGAUGGCUGAAAUUGUGAUGAGCAUGAUGGACAAGAUUCUUCCCGCUGUUGGUCAGCUGGAAAGUUACCUACGCUCUAUCGAAGACCUCAACUUGAAGGAAAAUGAAGAAUUUCAUGAAAUGACGAGAGGAUUAAGGUCCAGCCGCUCUACCAAAGCUACAUUCGUCACCCUGUCUCGAGCAUUGUGCAGCAACGGCAUCCUGGCUCUGUUUGGACUGUCUCAACUCCAGCUCACAUCAGACUUAUCCAACCCAUCCUCUCAAGAAGACCAGAAGAGAGAGGAGAUGAUUGAGAGAUUCAAACUUCCAAGAAAUGCCUCUCCGUUCUGUAUGAGCAUGUACCUGGACAUGGUGAAUACCACCGGAGGAGCCAUCGCCUGGGCCUUCCUCAAACCGAUGCUGAUGGGACAAAUUCUGUUCACUCCUGACACCCCUGUCACCAGGGACAUCAUGGAAAAGUCCAACGCCACCUUGCAGGAGCUCGCAGACCUGAGAAAGUACUCCGGAGAAUGGAUCGAAUCCUCCAAAUUCAUCAUAAAGUCUGCACAAAUACUCAGCCACACUUUGCCGAUGCUGCAGAAUUCCCUGGGCAAUUCCUUUGUGAAGAAUUUCAUUGAGAUGCAGACAGACAUCAAUGUCGGCAAAAUGAAGGAGACGCUCAGCAACUUCUCGAACAUGACACUCAUGCUGGAAAAGAACAAACACAUGCUUAAACAGAUCACCACCUUGUCCACCCUGAUGGUCAACCUCUCCUCCUGUGUCAAAUUUGACCGUUACCGUGGCUACAACUCAGUCGAGGAGCUCAAUGCUGAUGGACAGGAACUUGCCAAAAACCGUGAUCUCUAUGCAAGUGUCAUCUUCAAGCUUCCCAAAGACAGCAACUCAUCCAGAAAGCGCAGAGAGGCCUCAUUCACAUCCUCCCUGCCUCCCAAAGUCAGCUACACCAUCCGCAUGCAUAUGGACAACGUCAUGCGUACUGACAGAGUUCGGAACCCCUAUUUCACAAAGCAAACGCACAUCUCAGCGAGACAAACCCUGCGCUACAACCGUGGCUUCGUCUAUCUGCAAGAGAACAUCGAUCGAGCCAUCAUUGCGACCCAAACCGGACAGACGGUGGCAGAACCAGCGGUCCAGCUGCAGCCCUUCCCCUAUCCCUGCCACCUCCGGGAUGAGUACCUCGAGGCCAUCUCUUUUGUCUUCCCGCUGAUGCUGAUGAUAGCCUGGUUGCUGUUUGUGGCCGAUUUCGUUAAGAAACUGGUGCACGAGAGAGAGUUGAGGCUACAUGAGUACAUGAAAAUGAUGGGAGUCAACCCGCUCAGCCACUUCUUCGCCUGGUUCCUAGAAUGUGCCACCUACCUGGUAUUGACCAUCUUCAUCCUCACGCUGGUCCUGAAGUAUGGCAGCAUCCUGCCCCACAGCGACGGUUUUCUCCUGUUUUUGUACCUCUGCGACUACGGCUUGAGCAUCCUGGCCUUCAGUUACCUCGUCAGCUCCUUCUUCGACAAGACCUUUAUCGCCGGCCUGAGCGGCAGCCUUCUGUACAUCCUCUGCUUCUUCCCCUUCAUCGUGGUCAUGGCGGUGGAGACGACGCUCACCUUGACACAGAAGAGCAUCCUGAGUUUGUUUUCCCCGACCUGUUUCAGUUAUGCCAGUCAGUACAUCUCUCGCUAUGAAUCUCAAGGAGAAGGCAUUCACUGGAGCAACUCCUACAGCUCGCCUAUUGCUGGAGACACGGCCUCGUUCGGUUGGCUGUGCUGGCUGAUGCUCAUCGACUCCCUCCUCUAUUUCUUCAUUGGGGCUUACAUCCGCAUGGUCUUCCCAGGAAAGUAUGGCAUCCCUUCCCCGUGGUACUUCCCUUUCAAAGCUUCCUUCUGGGCCGAACUGUGCGGUUGUGUUAAGUCAAACAAUAAGGCACGCAGAGGACUCCUCUUCACCAACAUCAUGCAGGAAAAGCAGCCUGUUUUCUCUGACGACAAGGGAAAAGGCCAGAGUACACUGUACUCCCAGGCUGCCGAGGAUCACUCAGAUCUCCCAGUGGGUGUUGCCCUCCACGGUCUCAGCAAGAUGUAUGGCGACCGAGUAGCCAUUCAAGACCUUAAUGUUUCCUUCUAUGAGGGCCACGUCACCACCCUGCUUGGUCACAAUGGAGCGGGCAAGACCACCACAAUGUCACUCUUGACCGGCCUUUUUGCCCCAACUUCGGGCACCAUCGAGGUCUACGGCAGAGACAUGCAGAACAACAUCGAUGAAGUCCGCAGAGAGCUAGGAGUGUGCAUGCAAUACGACGUCCUAUUUGACCACAUGACCACCAAGGAGCACCUGCUGCUGUACGGCCAGAUCAAGGCCCCACACUGGUCUAAAGGGGAACUGCAUGAACAAGUCCGCACGAUCCUAGAGGAGACAGGCAUGUACGCUCACAGACAUAAGCGGGUGGGCACCCUGUCAGGCGGCAUGAAGCGCAAGCUGUCAAUCUCCAUCGCCUUCAUAGGGGGCUCCCGCUUGGUGGUUCUGGAUGAACCCACCACAGGAGUCGAUCCCUGCUCCAGGCGCAGCAUCUGGGACAUUGUUAUCCAGCACAAAAAACAACGCACCAUCAUCAUGUCUACGCACCACCUGGACGAGGCUGAAGUUCUGAGCGACCGCAUCACCUUCCUCGAGCGAGGAGGAUUAAAAUGCGUCGGAUCCCCCUUCCACCUGAAAGACAAGCUGGGUCAAGGCUACAAACUCACACUCACAAAGAAGAUGCAGAACCUAGAAUCGGAGCAGAUCGACAAUGUAGAACUGAAAUCCUUCAUCCAAGCUCAUGUACCUGAAGCCCGACUUAAGGAGGCCCAAGGAGGUGACCUGGUGUACUCACUGCCUGCCUUCAACUCAUCCAACGCCUCCUCAUACCGCUCCCUCCUGACUGCUCUGGACUCCAACCUGGACGCCCUGCAGCUCGGAGGAUAUGGAAUCUCUGACACCACCCUAGAAGAGGUCUUCCUCCAAUUGGGUCAUGAAAACACAGAGCUUGGGGAUGAGGACUGCCUCCCAACGAUCUCAGAGACAGUUUCUGACACUGUGUCCAUGGACAGCUUCACGUCAGACCUGGGUGGAAGCACCUCCAGCUUCAGCGACAACAUCAAGCUGACAGGUUCCACAAUGGCGCGCGGCAUGACGCUGGCCUGCCAGCAGAUGGCAGCCAUGCUGACAAAGAGGUUCCAUCACAGCCGCAGAGACUGGAAAGGCCUGAUCUGCCAGAUCCUGCUCCCUGUUCUGUUUAUGGUGGCUGCUAUGGGCCUGGGCUCCAUCAAGAGCGACCUGCAGCACUAUCCCGAGCUGGAGCUAAGCCCUGCGCUAUACAAAUUCGGACCAAGCUACUCCUUCUUCAGUAACUCCGAUCCCAACUCUGAGCAGCUGAUAAGCACCAUGAUGUCAUUCCCUGGAAUCGAUAACGCCUGCCUCAACAAGCCAAAUAACCCGGUCUGCUCGAGAAGUACAGAUCCCUGGAGAUCCAGUGGGAACAGCUCCAAAGCAUUUAGUGGCUGUAAAUGCACCCGCCAGGAACAGACAUGUGACAGUGAAAGCUACCAGCCCCCCCACAAAAGGACCCCUUCAUCUCAGAUUGUGUAUAACCUGAGUGGCAUCAAUGUGGAAGAAUACCUGGUGACAACAGCAAAUGACUUCAUCAGAAACAGAUAUGGUGGAUUUGCUUUGGGUAUGCCGCUCCCCGCUGACUUACAAAUGGACGUUAAAUCUGUGCCCAAAAAUCGCACUCUGUCUAAGGUCUGGUUCAACCCUGAGGGCCACCACACAAUGCCAGCAUACUUAAACAGCAUCAACAACUUCAUCCUACGCUCCAAUCUCCCAGCAGAUAAGGAUCCACGCAAAUAUGCCAUUUCAGUUUCCAGUCACCCCUAUUUUGGUCGGGCGGAUGACGAAGACGCAAUUGUCCAAGGAAUGCUUCAGAUCCUAGUGGCCAUGUGUGUUUUGACGGGUUAUUCCAUCACGACAGCUAGCUUUGCCAUCUAUGUUGUCAACGAGCACCACAGCGGCUCCAAGAGGCUGCAGCACAUCGCUGGCAUCAGUGAGCCCUUCUACUGGGCUGUCAACUUCUUCUUCGACAUGGUUGUCUAUCUGAUCCCUGUGACCUUGACUGUUGCUGUGAUAGCAGCCUUCCAGAUUCCAGCCUUCACAGAUCGGCAAAAUUUGGCUGCCAUCACUGUGCUUCUGGUUCUCUUUGGGUUUGCCACCUUCCCCUGGAUGUAUCUGCUAUCUGGUGUCUUCAAGGACGCAGAGAUGGCCUUCAUCACAUUUGUCUGCAUCAACCUGUUCAUCAGUGUCAACACCGUCUUGUCCACCUCCAUCCUCUUCUUUCUGAGUCAAAUUUCAACCAUCAAAGCGGAGGUCGUUUUAGCCAUCUUCAACAGGCUGUGCAACGCCUUCCUCAUCUUCCCCCAGUUCAACUUUGGUCACGGGAUGAUGCAGCUGGCCAGGAAGAACAUAGAGGUCCAGAUCCUCAGCGGCUACGGGAUCGACGCCUAUCAGAACCCGUUCUCCAUGGACGCAAUGGCCUGGUUGUUCAUCUCCUCUUUCAUACAAGGCGUGGUCCUCUUCAGCCUGCGCCUCCUGCUCAACAGGUUCAUCAUACGCAAAGUCAGACAUCUCAUCUGCGGCAGAAAGACGGUGUCCCAUGUGGCACCUGAGGACGAGGAUCAGGAUGUGACAACUGAGCACCUACGGGUGGCGAGUGGAGCGGCCAGCUCAGACAUACUCCAGGUCAACCAUCUCACUAAGAUCUAUCAGAACUUCAGCAAGAAGGUCCAAGCUGUCAAGGGUGUGUCUGUGGGCAUACCUGCAGGAGAGUGCUUUGGUUUGCUGGGAGAGAACGGAGCAGGAAAAACAACCACCUUCAAGAUGCUGACUGGAGACGUUAGCCCAACUGAUGGCACAGCUCAGAUUAGGGAUCGUGAUGGGCGAUUGGUAGAUAUCAUGGAGUGCCGCCACCAGGGAAUUAACAUCGGCUACUGUCCCCAGGUAGAUGCCCUGGACAAUCUGCUCACCGGAGAGGAGCAUUUGUACUUCUAUGCUCGCAUCCGAGGCAUCUCAAAGAGGGAGAUAGACGGGGUGGUGAGAUACCUGCUGAAGAGGCUGGAGCUCAACUACCACAGAAACAUCACCACUGAAGGUUACAGCUGCGGCACCCGCAGGAAGCUCUCCACAGCGUUGGCUCUCAUUGGGCAUCCUCAAAUCCUGCUCCUGGACGAGCCAAGCUCUGGCAUGGACCCUCGUACCAAGCGUCAUCUGUGGAAGAUCAUCUCUGAAGAAGUGAAAGGAAAAUGUGCUGUUGUCCUAACCUCUCACAGCAUGGAGGAGUGUGAGGCGCUGUGCGGCCGUCUUGCCAUCAUGGUGAAAGGUCAGUUCCGUUGCCUGGGCUCCCUGCAGCACAUUAAGAACAGGUUCGGCAGCGGGUUCACUGUGAAGAUGUACUUGGCCGAGGCCUCCUGCAACGCAGAGGCAAUCACUGGCUUCAUGCAGCGCAGAUUCCCCAGCACUUAUCUCAAGGACCAGCACUCCAAUAUGGCAGAGUAUCACGUCCCUGUUGCUGUAGGAGGGGUGGCUGACAUCUUCGACCAGCUGGAGUCCAACAAGAAUGAUCUGCAGAUCAAACACUUCUCUGUGAGCCAGACCACACUGGAUGAGGUCUUCAUCAACUUUGCAAUGGAAAAGUCGGACAUGGAAAACAUACCGAUUGAUGACGAAGGUGACUCUGACAGAGACAGCCUGGGCUCCAUCAAGGCAGUGGAAUCCUAGAGCUGACUGCCAUCUUUUCUUUGUCAUUUUAUGUAUGUCCAAUUGAAUGAAACGCAAUAUAUGUUUAUAAUAAAUCUACCCCCAGUCUCCCCUUGAUAUGUGAAAAACAAGUGUUUAAAUCAUUCAUGUUUAGAAUAUACUAACUGUCUCUGUAAAAUGUCAACUGAUCAUAUGAAGGAUUACUUUGCAGAGGUACAACAUGCACAUUUGCAUGAAUGGACAGAUGAGCAAAGAUGAUGAAUUAAAGCUUUGUGUUUAUAUUAAGGGUACUAUAGCUAAUCAAAAACUUUUUAUUUCACAUAUUUUUUUAUUCAACUUUAAUUUAACAAAAUCCGUAAGCACUCACAUGCUGAACACAAAGCAUGUCUAAAGAAGAUUUUUUUUUUUGUCUUAGGUACAUGUAAUUGUCCCUUAUAGAUGAAAUUAUGAUGAAAAGAAUGUACUAAAUAUUUACUGGACUUUUUCUUGCUUUUGGACCCCUCAUAAUGCCUUUUUUUAUUAUUCUAAUAAAGCUAUU